AUGAAUACUUAGAGAGAUAAUUUAUAAAGUAGAGGACAAGUCAGCUCAAGUCAUAGAACUUUUUAAGGCAAAAGAACUAAAACAGAACCAUCUCUGCUUCCUAAUUUUGAUAUCUUAUAAGAGAAUGUUAAAAAUUAAUUUGCUUUAGGCCAUAUACGAGGAAAAUGGCUUCAUAAACCUUAAUAUAUAAUUCCAAAAACUGAAAUAUAAUAAAAAAGAGAUGAAACAUAUGGAAAGGUUAAUAACAAAUCGAAAACAAAAAAAUUAACUUUCUUAAAAUUCGGAUUUAGAAUGCAUGAAAAAAAGAACAACUAUUAUUUAUAACCAUUAAUCAAAUAAGUACAUGAUGCUUUUGGUGAAUUGGCUAAUGAUGGCUCAAUGGGGGUUGUAGAUUUAUGGAGUGAUAGAAAUGUUAAUAGAUUGAUGGAUGCAAUAGAAAUGACAAGAGACAAUUUAUUGGUGAGAAGGAUGGGUAAGGAAAAACAAAAGAGUGAUGAGCCUGGAUUGAAUAGAGCAAAUGAAAAAAAAGUUAACAACAUUUUUAAAUCAAGUGAUGAUGAUACCUUUAAAAUAAAAUUUCAAUUAACAGAUGUAGAAAAGAGAAGAUUAACAAGAAUUGCAAUGCCUACUUUAUGUUAGUAUUUAUAAUUUCAUUUACUUCUUUAGUCAAAUAAGACAUGGAGAUCCCAAUGAGGGUAUUGCUGCCAUUGUCCAUUCAAUUGAUGAAUUACAUCAAGAAAACUUAGAAAUAUAUACAAAUCUGUAUUAAUAAAUCAAAAGGAUAUAAAAAAAUAUCAAAUGA